AGAAUGAGGAGGUUAAGGAGACCACGCUGCGGGAGCUGAAAAUGCUCCGGACCCUGAAGCAGGAGAACAUCGUGGAGCUGAAGGAGGCGUUCCGCCGCCGCGGAAAACUCUACCUGGUGUUCGAGUACGUGGAGAAGAACAUGCUGGAGCUGCUGGAAGAAUUACCGAACGGCGUUCCGACCGACAAAGUUCGCAGCUACAUCUUCCAGCUGAUCCGUGCCAUCCACUGGUGCCACAAACACGACAUCGUCCACAGGGACAUAAAGCCAGAGAAUCUCCUAAUCAGCUCCGAUGACGUCCUGAAGCUGUGUGACUUUGGCUUCGCUCGAAAUCUCUCUGAGGGAACCGAUGCCAACUACACGGAGUAUGUGGCGACGCGCUGGUACCGAUCCCCAGAGCUGCUGCUGGGGGCUCCGUACGGGAAGGCGGUGGACAUGUGGUCGGUGGGCUGCAUCUUGGGGGAGCUGAGCGACGGGCAGCCUCUGUUUCCGGGGGAAAGCGAGAUUGAUCAGCUGUUCACCAUCCAGAAGGUGCUGGGACCCCUCCCUCCGGAGCAGAUGAAGCUCUUCUACAACAAUCCUCGCUUCCACGGCCUGCGGUUCCCUGCUGUGAACCACCCUCAGACGUUAGAGCGGAGAUACCUGGGCAUCAUCGGGGGGGCGCUGCUCGACCUGCUGAAGAACCUGCUGCUGCUGAACCCGACGGAGCGCUUCCUGACGGAGCAGUGUCUGAACCACCAGGCCUUCCAGAGCCUGAGGCCCGGACCCCCCACCCCGACCCCCGGCCGCUCCUCCAAGAGGAAACCGCACCACGGAGACACCUCCACCCCCAGCAGGGGCCACGGGGGGAAGGGGGGCCACCGCUCCAGCAGCAGGGAGUGCUCCAGCCUCCCCCGGCAUGAAGACCUGCUCCCCAGCACCGAGGCCUUCCUGAACGGGAACCUGCCAACAGCCAUCACCCUCAGCCCCACCCUGCACCCCAAGAACUACUUCAGCCACCCCCCCCCCUGCGCCGGGGACCUACCCCACCUGCUGGGCCCCGGAGAGACUAAGGGAAAGGCCGACUUCGACCUGAGCCUGGGCUCCAAGGGGUCAGACGGCCCUGGGGCCAAGUACCUCAAAUCCAACUUCCGUUCGCAGCAGAACCGCCACUCGUUUGUGGAGGGAAAGACCAACACACUGCAGGGGGGGGAGAAACACGGGAGGCACGCAGACCCCCACGGCUCCUCCAAGUUCUCCUACCUGAACCUGUCCAGGGGCCACGGCAUGCUGAGCGACGCCAAGUCUGUGGGGAACCUGAACGACGUGCACCUGUACGCCGACGAGCCCCGGUACUUCCCCUCCAGCUGCCUGGACCUCACAGCCCCCAGCAGCCCGCGGCGGGGGGACCACCUGGCCCCCGGGGCUGGCAGGGCCAGCAUGCGCUCCGAGAGAGAGAGCAACACGCUGGACUCAUCCUACAGGAGAUCCUCCAUCAGGCACAAGGCCUCGGAGGACGCCAAGGUCCCGGACACCCUGGACCCGGGGGAGGGCGGGGGGGAGAGGGGCCAUGCCCACUCGCUGGCAGCCCCCCAGGACCCGCUCUCUUAUGGGGGGGGAUACACCAGCCCCUUCUCCUCGCAGCAGAGGCCCCAUCGCCACUCCAUGUACGUCCGGAGGGACCACCAGAGGACCCACGGGGGGGAGGAGGGUCUGCUGGUGGGGCCGGGGGGGCCGACGAGAGCCAGCAGCUUGCAGCUCCUGUCCCCCCAGCUGCAGCACCGGACCCUGCCCCGACACCCUGGAGGGGCCCGGGACGAGGACCUGAGCCGGAGCGAGGCUCCCAGUGAGGUCCACAGCAGACCCCCCCCCAUCAGGGACUCCAUCAGAGACACCAGCUCGUCUUUUCACGCUCAGCGACAGAAAGAGGUGGGCUUGUAUCACGAUCAGCAGGCGGAGGACGGCUCAUCCAAAGAGAACCGGAACAUCUACAGCGAGUCCAUGCCCCGCAGGGUGGGCAGCUUCUACAGAGUCCCGUCUCCGAGGCCGGACAACUCGUUCCACGAGGGCCGGGGCCCGAGCCGGGGCCCGGGCCGGGGCCAGGGGCCAGCGUUCGAUCCCUGGACGGGUCCGGACACGGUGGUUCUGAAUCCCGCGGAGCCAUCCAAAGAGAAGGAGAAGCAGGGCUUCUUCAGAGCCAUGAAGAAGAAGAAGAAGAAGCCUCAGAUGGUUCCCAAUGAAGCGGUGGACAACGCCCUCCAGAAGUCCUCUAGGUCCUCCAGUCACCAGAGCAGCCGCCACCGGACCCGGGACAAGAGCCGAGACCGGGACAAGAGUAGGGACCGAGACAAGAGUAGAGACCGGGACAAGAGUAGAGACCGGGACAAGAGUAGAGACCGGGACAAGAGUAGAGACCGGGACCAGGACCGGGACAAAGACUGGCCUCCUGAGAAACGUUCAGAUUCACACUCUCCGAGUCAGCCCCUGAAGUCUCUGCGUAAACUUCUGCACCUCACCUCCUCCUCCUCUUCCAAUCAGAAUGCUCAUUCUGACAUGCGCUACCAGCCCAACUCGUCCUCCUCUCAGGGGUUCCCAGAGGGCCGGGGCCACUCGGGGGUCAGCACCCCCCAGCUGAAGAGCCGGCAGACUGCCUACCCACUGCCCGGGCAGCUGGAGGCCAGCUGGCACUCGUCAGCUCUGGGUCGCCCCGAGGGAAAUCCGUACCCCGAGCAGAUGAGCAGCAAAGGGGGCCAGAACGGGCACGGCUUCGGACGGACCCCUCGGUCUCGAAUGCCAAACCUCAACGACCUGAAGGAGACGGCUCUGUGAUCGCCCUGAAGACCCCACCCCCCUUAAUGUCUUCUUACGUAACACACAUCUGCUGACUGCUCACACACACACACACACACACACACACACACACACACACACACACACACACACACACACACACACACACACACACACACACACACACACACACACACACACACACACACACACACACACACACACACACACACACAAAUAUACCAACACUUUAAACACUGCUUGUGAAAUGGGCUACAGCCUUCUGUCUUCAUUUUUUAUGUUUGAUAGACUUUAUACUACUGCUUCUGUAAUUCUGAUUAUGAUUUGUAUAAUAACGUAAAUAUAUUACAAACUAAAUAUAUAUAUAUAUAUAUAUAUAAAUGGAUAGAUAGGUUUUACUUUAUGUAUUUCUGUUUCUAUUGGAUAUAGAGAUAUAGUACAUUGACUGCGUAGUAUUUCCUGAACAGUAUCUGCAGCUAACAGAGUUUAUUAUUAGUGAUGGAGGUAAUGUCGGUGACUCUGCAGUGUCUUCACCUCUCUUCCUCUCGUCUCACUGUUUGGUGUCUUCUGGUCACAGCAGUCUUUCAGAUAUAGACAGGGGUGGACUGACAAUCUGUUUGCUCUUUUUUAAAGGGUUCUUGGUUUUUAGGUCAUUUUGUAAUGCUGCCAUUUUAGACACUAUGGUGCCAUGAAGUGAGUAAAGACUGAUGUACAGCUCCUUCUGCUGGAGAAAAUAGGUACUGCACCUUCUGUUUCUGACCUGACAUGAACUUACUCAGCCACUGACAUCUCAUGCACUGUAUGUGCAAAUAAUGUUCACAUAUAUAUAUAUAUAUUUUAUAUAUGAUAUAAAUAACCAAUGCUAUAUGAAAGAAUCAUCCCAAAUAAACACAUAUAACUAACCCUGUAUAGACUUACUGACAGUCCGUUGGGCAGUAACAGGAUCUGAGGUUAUUUACUGAUCUAUAUUCGAUGUACACUAUGGAGGGGGAAUCAUACAGUCAAAUAUACAUUAUUUGUCCUGUUUUCAAGUUGAUAUUAAAGGAUGUGAUUUGUUUUUAUUAUAAAUAUCCUUCCUACAAGGACUCAAGGAGUAGUCUGUUCUCCUCUCUAAACCAGAACGAUCUUAGACCCAGUCCCGGUGGUUCUGCUUGUUCAAUCAGUUAAAAAUAAAUAACUGUAAAUAAAGUCUAGAUGCUGUAGUUAUGUUUGCUAUAUGAAUUGUUUGUACAGCAUAUAGAGGAACUCAAAAGCCAUUAUGAGUGCAGUGAUCCCCAACCGUCCUCUGAAUAUCAGCUCUGCCAUUUUACCAUAAUGUUUAUCUUAGGUUAACUAUCACUGUGUCCAUUAACUAUAUCUAAAUAACUAUUUGUUUAUACUUUCACCUAUUUCUAAUCAUGUUGCCACUACUUUGAGCACCUAACUAUUACUGUAGCUUAUCUUUCUUUGAGCUUUUUCACCAUGUGUCCUUUACUUUUGCACUACCUAACUAUUUAAUACAUCUGUUCAUUUCUUUGGGUUUUUUUUCUGGUCAUCCAUUACUUUGAGCAAACUAUUAACUAUUUGCCUUUGACGUUACUCUUCCCUUGUGUGUCCGUGCAGCAGCAGGACCUGCUGUCAGGAAUCACUGCACUCUUUAAUCUGACGGCACAAACUGAACCACUCGGGACUUAGGAUCAAUCUGAACCCAGAACCAGGAUGUGUUUCUAACUCUGUUUCUGUCAGAACCAGAGCUUUCUUAAUGUUGCACUUUAAAGAGACGGUAUGGCUCAGCAAUAUUAUAACCCACUGCCUGUAAACUCCUCUUCAUCACUGCUCACGGUGUGCAAAGUGUGUGAAGACUCAAAAUGGCGUGGUGCAUUCAAGGACCGUGCGCUCUCUUUCCCCACACAGUAAAUCCCUCUCUGUGAGUUGUUAUUGUUUCUGAAGGAACAUUGUGUAUUAUAUUAAUACUGAGUGUGACCUGUUGGUAAUAUGUAUAACAGAGGAUCAGCUGUUUAAAUGAAUCCAGUAUGUGAUUUUAUUACAGACACAGAUCAUUAGUAGCAUAGCCAGAAUGUGUAUCAUGAGAGUGUAUCCCCCCCCCCCCCCCCACAGGUCCAGGUUUAGUAUUUCAUGUUUACAUAAUGUUACAGUAAAUCUGAAUAAAACAAACUCAUUUAAUUUGAAA